UGACGUUGCGCGUUGCGCGCAACGCGUUGCACGCAACGGCUCUCCCCGUGGAUCGGACUUUCUGGACAGAAGCGGUCCGUGCAGUCCAUGCAAGCUGACUCCUACGCCCGCUGAGCUCGAGUCUAUGCUCGCUGCCGAUACCAUCCCUCAACCACCGCUUCUGCUUCACUCAUAAGUACGAGGGGCUCCCCCUCUCAUCGCAAGAGUUGUAGCCAUAAUCGCGCACCCGUUGGCUGUAUCCGUACAUCGCCUUCACGGACACUGAAACAACCACACCAGUCUACAGGACCGACCAUCAUGUCUUAUCCCUCGCAAUACCAUGUAUUCUCUCUACCCAAGGAACUGCUGGGCACACUAGUCCCUCGCAGCGUCGUCAAUCAAGCACUAUCUCCUCCGCCCCGUAAUGAUUCUCCGGCGCCGGUCGCACCUUCUGCUCCGGGAGCUCGAGCAUGCAACGUCUGCUUGGGCGUGACGUUCACAGGCGUUGAUGAACAGCGUACCCACUUCCGGUCCGACUGGCAUCGCUAUAAUGUCAAAGCGAAACUGAAUGGAGGGAAUACCGUCUCGGAGAGCCAGUUCGCCCAACUAGUGGACGGAUUGGAGGACUCGCUAUCUGGGUCUGCAUCAUCUUCUGAAGGCGAAUCCGAUGAUGACUCGGAUGCCGUCGCGACCCUCAUACAGAAAACCCGCAAGCUGGCGCGGUCGCCCUCACCGACUGAGCUGACUCCUGCUGGGCCAGGUACACCAUUAGCAUGGUUCCACUCGCCUCCGUCCACCCAGGUCGGCGUCUACAAGGUCCUCUUCCCACUCUCGACGCCGGCUACGUCGUACAUGGAUGAGCUGAAGGAGAUGCAGGAAGGCGGUGAGGAAGGGCGGUCCUGGGCGAUGUUCAUGGUCGCCGGCGGACACUUUGCUGGAGCCGUUGUGCGCGUGAAGGGACCCGGUUCAGACGCUGACGAGCCAGGAGGGUUCACGAAGAAAGGCAAGCCGAAGAAGCCCAAACCGGAGACCGAAGUGCUCAGACAUAAGACAUUCCAUCGCUACACGACACGUCGAAAACAGGGUGGAUCUCAAUCUACCAACGACAACGCUAAGAGCAAAGCCGCCAGUGCUGGAGCCAUGCUACGUCGUUACGGCGAGCAAGCUUUGCGGGAUGAUAUCCGUAACCUGUUGCAAGAUUGGUCCGAAGAGAUCGAACAUUGCGAACGCAUCUUCAUACGAGCUAGUGUCUCCAACCGGAGAAUAUUUCUUGAUUACGAAGGUGCUGUCAUUGAGAAAGGCGAUGAGCGACUGCGCACGUUCCCAUUCCCAACUCGUCGCCCCACUCAAUCGGAGCUGACUCGAUGCCUGAUGGAGCUCACCCGUGCCAAAGUGUCCCAUCUGACUGAAGAGGAACUUCGUGCCCAGGACGAAGCGUAUCUUGCAUCUCUUCCAAAGCCAAAACCCAAGCCACCCACGGCAGCUUCCGCAGAACCGGAGAAACCCAAGGAGAAGCCUCCUCAACUAUCGCGCGAAGAACAGCUGUUGCACGAGAAGUGGGACCGCGUAUUGGACAUGAUCGCCAGAGGCCGCGUUGACGUCCUGAAGGCUUUCUGGGAGCGCGAAGGCGACAGCCUAGGCGGCAUCAAUGCGCCUGUCCCGGACUGGGCAGGGCAGAGAGGCGGGACGCUUCUCCAGGUCGCCACGCAAACAGGUCAAGCGGAUGUCGUCAGAUGGCUUUUGGAAGAGAUGCGCGCGGAUCCUACACUCGACGUCCCUAGCAGCGCCGUUGAGGAGGAUGGCCACCGUUCCGAUGCAUCAGACGCACCGGCGCUACCCGCAGGCUCUAGGCGCACCGCAUACGACCUCGGGCGGUCCCGAGCGGUACGCGACGUCUUCCGGCGCUGUGCUGCGGCCCACCCCGACUGGUGGGACUGGCUCGGGACAGAGAAGGGGGCGCGUGUGCCCAGCGUGCUGAGUGCGGAGAUGGAGGAAGGCCGCGAAGAGAAGAAGAAGGUGAGGCGGAAGGGCCUGAAAGACCGCGUGAAGGAGCGGGAGGCGAGAGAAAAGGAGCGAGAGUCCCGUACGCCUAGUCCUGUCCCGGUGGAAGUGCCCGAAACGAAGACGAAGGCAAAGCCCGCCGAGCCUACGAGUGGGCCGCGGCGGUUAGGAGGGACGGUCGGUGCAAGUGAGGGCAUUGCUGGCUUGACGCCUGAGAUGAGGGCAAAGGUUGAACGGGAGCGUAGAGCGCGAGCUGCUGAAGCGCGGCUGAAGGCGCUGGGUGGUGGUCGGUAAACGCACGGUAGUCGAAAGAUAACCAAUACUGGAAAUAUUUUAAUGACAUGUGUCCAUUUGUUUCCGAUGAA